AGACCAAACUCAACCGAAAACUACCUACCAACCUUUCCCUCCUCUCUUUCUCUCUCUGAUGGGGAUUUAAUGACAGACGGAGAGAAGAGAAAACCUUCGUCCACCAAACCAAACUUGCAAACAACUCCAUCACGUUCCGUUACCUUCUCUUCUCUCCUCUCGCUUCCUCAUCUAACCCUCUAAAGUAAUAAAAGCGCUGCAAGAAAGGGGAAUCUAGGGUUUCCUCUCUUUUUUUUUCCGCUUCAGAAAUUCUUGAUUUCUCUCAGUACUGCAGUUCCUGUUUUUGUGUUUCAUUCCACAAUGUCAAGUUUGGAGGAGCCACUUGGUCUUGAUAACUUUCCUAGCAUUGAUAUUGAUAGGCUUCAAAGGUUCUCAUCUAGUGCUUGUAGGCCCAUGCCAGAUGACAUGGGAAUGGGAAAUUUCUGGAUCGAGGGUAGGAGUUGUAGCUCAUCAAACAGUUGCGAUGAAGAAUACACUAGAGACACAUUUCCAUGGAGAAGACAGACAAGGGAUGGGUCACAGGGAAGCUCCUUAAAUCGAAAGAUGUCAAGCUUUGGUAGGAACCAUAGGGUAUUUGGAAGUGUUUGUGAUUCCUAUAUGCCCAAUCAACAAUAUAACACCCAUGGCAGUGAAAAUGGCAUAAGGGAUCUAACAAACAAGUUUUUAAGAGGGAUACCAAAGUUUGUAAAGAUUGUAGAAGUUGGUCCAAGGGAUGGGUUGCAAAAUGAGAAGAAUAUGGUGCCUACAGCUGUGAAAAUUGAAUUGAUACAAAGACUAGCAUCUUCUGGAUUAUCUGUUGUUGAGGCCACAAGUUUUGUUUCACCAAAAUGGGUACCACAGUUAGCAGAUGCAAAGGAUGUAAUGGAAGCAAUUCGAAAUGUUGAAGGAACAAGAUUCCCAGUCUUAACUCCUAAUCUUAAAGGUUUUGAAGCUGCUAUUGCAGCUGGAGCUAAGGAAGUUGCUGUUUUUGCAUCAGCUUCUGAAUCCUUUUCGAAGUCCAACAUCAACUGUAGUAUUGAAGAUAGCCUUACUCGUUACUGUACUGUUACCCUUGCCGCCAAAAAACUCUCGAUUCCUGUUCGAGGGUAUGUAUCAUGUGUUGUUGGGUGUCCAGUGGAAGGACCAGUUCCUCCAUCAAAAGUGGCAUAUGUGGCAAAAGAGCUUUAUAACAUGGGCUGCUCUGAAAUCUCCCUUGGUGACACAAUCGGGGUUGGAACACCUGGUUCUGUUGUUCCGAUGCUCGAAGCCGUGAUGGCCGUUGUUCCUAUUGAGAGGCUUGCUGUUCAUUUUCAUGACACUUAUGGCCAAUCUCUGGCAAAUAUUUUGAUAUCUCUCCAAAUGGGAAUUAGCACAAUAGAUUCUUCCGUCUCUGGCCUCGGGGGGUGCCCAUAUGCCAAGGGUGCAUCAGGGAAUGUUGCCACCGAAGAUGUUGUAUACAUGCUCAAUGGACUUGGUGUGAAGACCAAUGUUGAUCUUGGAAAGCUCAUGUCGGCUGGAGAGUUUAUUUGCAAGCAUUUAGCCCGCCCAUCAGGUGCAAAGGCAGCAAUUGCUUUAAGCAGAGUUACAGCAGAUGCUUCAAAGAUCUAAUAUAUUGAGUGAGGGUACCAAAUAUCCAACUAUACUAUCCAAAAAAAAAAGGUUUUAUAAUGAUCUUUACAUGAAUUUUUUUUUGUCAUCUAAGCUGUCCUUGAUACGCACUUUUAUAUAAAAAAAUAAAACAUUAUUUAGAGUUAUUGAUCCAGCUAUGUUCAUGCUGUGGCAUAUGUAAAUCUAUGUAUUUUGGGAUCUAUUUAUAUACUGAACAAAACAAAAGUUUGAGAAUUACAGCAA